UGAUACACAUAUUUCAUACCGAAAGUUUGACUAUUAAUUAAAUGUCUAAAUACCCUUCAGUGAUACAAGUAGAGACAAUCUUGUAAGCUAAAAUCAUUACCCUUCAGGAGGGGUAAGCAGGUAAUUUUGGCUUCAUAGGGUCAAAAUACAUAAAGCAGCCAUUGUACUUUCACCAUCAUAUCAAUUUAACGAUUAAACCAUUAUAUUUUUUUUAACCUUUAAAAAAAACAAAUUUCCCAGUUACCGGCAAAAUACAGAAAAGUAAAAUGUAAUGUCAAAAUUUUAUUGGUUUAGCCUUUAAACAAGUGCUCUUUCGUGAUAGUUCAUUGGCUAAAUCCAUCAGAAUCACCAAACUAAUGAGGAAAGACCACUACAACCUGUUAUCGUUACUACACAAGCAUCACUGCAACCGCCGAUCGAUUCAACAAAUCCACGCUCACUUGGUCAUCACUGCCGCCAUAAUCCAAACACCACCACCACCAGUCAGUCUCUGGACCACCAUCCUCCACCAUUAUUCACUUGGGAAUUCCCCCGAUGAAGCUUUUUUGCUCUAUAAGCAUCAUCUCCACCCCACCAGCUUGUUUUAUGGCGAUAGUUUCACAUAUGCUUUCUUGAUAAAAUCAUGUGCUAAUUCACAUCUACCCAUGUCGGGUUCACAACUCCAUUCUCUCACAUUCAAAUUCGGGUUUGAGAGUCAUGUUUACAUCCAAACCGCUUUAGUCAACAUGUAUGUUGUAUGUGGGCAUUUACUCGAAUGUCGCAAAGUGUUCGAUGAAAUGCCUGAAAGAAAUCUAGUCACAUGGAACGUUUUAGUAACAGGUUUAGCAAAACUCGGUGAAAUUGUGCUAGCGCGAUCUUUUUUUGAUAUAAUGCCUAUUAAGAAUGUUGUUUCUUGGAGUGGUAUGAUAGACGGGUAUACACGAGCAAAUCAACCCAAGGAAGCAAUUUCAUUGUUUAGACACAUGCUUGCACUUAACGAUAAUACAAAGCCAACUGAGAUCACCAUUUUAGCAAUUUACCCCGCGAUUUGGAAUCUAGGGUCUUUGGAGUUAUGUCAGUCAAUUCAUGCUUAUGGGGAAAAAAACGGAUUUUAUAUGAUAGAUAUACGUGUUACGAAUGCUUUAAUUGAUGUGUAUUCAAGGUGCGGAAGUGUGGAGAGUGCUUUGCGAGUUUUUGAAGGCAUAACAAGUGAGAUGAGGAAUUUAGUGUCGUGGACAUCGAUCAUCUCUGUAUUUGCAAUGCAUGGAAUGGCAAGGGAGGCUGUGGAUAGUUUUAAAAGAAUGGAGGAAAUAGGGAUGAAGCCUAAUAGAGUUACUUACUUGAGUAUUCUAAGUGCUUGUAGUCAUGGAGGAUUAGUUGAAGAAGGGUUAAUGUUUUUCAAGAAAAUGGUGGAUGAGUCUGGUAUUGUGCCUGAUAUAAAGCAUUAUGGGUGCUUGGUUGACAUGUUAGCGAGAGCAGGGAGGAUUGAAGAAGCAGAGAAAGUGGCUUUGAAGGUGCCUAAAGAUUUGGAUAAUGAUGUGAUUUGGAGGGUGCUUCUUGGGGCAUGUAGCUCCUAUAAUAAUGUUGAGACAGGGAAGAGAGUCACGAGGAGAAUAUUUGAAAAGGAGAGAGGUUACUCUAGUGAUUAUGUGCUUAUGUCAAACAUCUUCUCUAGUGUUGGUGAUUAUGUUGAUUCAGAGAAGGUUAGGAGAAAAAUGGAUCAACUGGGUGUUUCUAAACUACCUGGUCGUAGUUCCAUCUAAGCUUUGAAAUGGCAAAAAGGUGAUAUUACUUAUGAGGUUUGAACCUAUGGAGAAUAUACAUUGGAGCUGAAAUUUGUUCGUAUAUUUAUGCGGAUUGGUGAUUGUGUUGGUGUGGGAAAUUAUUAGUCUUGGUUUGUUUGCAAGCCCCACUAACGAGACAUUCAGGGAAGCAAACGAUGAAUGAUUCAAUGAAAUUAUUUCGUA